GAUCACGAUUCUGUGUGUUGCUUUUUAUGCCUUUAUGUGAGACAGGAAAGUGGAGGUCCAGAUGGGGGAUGACAAGAGUUUACGUUCCCUCACAAUCAGUGAGUGUUUUCUCGUUUAAACUCAUAUACAAUAUUUCUCAUACAUCUUCUGUUUCAGUUACCUAAACUAAGCCACGCUAAACCAAGUCUUUACCAAACCUCAAAGGAACGGUUCGAGCUUUUGGGAAAUAUGCUUCCUUCAUUUUUUAAAGAAACAAGAGCAAGAGCUGAAGCAGCUGGCUGUGUCCCAGGAAAAGAAAACGCACACACAAGCCACGUCCACCCCGUCCAUCGCAACCCUGUUUACAUUGACCACUCUGGCUUGAACUCUGGGACGUUGCUGUGAGACAGACCUGGCACCACAGACAGGACAGUCUCACACUAAAGCACGAGGCUUUUGUCUCCUCAGCCACAAACACUUUAUUUGUAGCAUCUGUUUUCCUCUCAGCUUUCAUUCGCACGCUUUCUUAGCACUGUGGAAUCUAUAAGCAUGAUUGUUUAAGAGCUACUUAUUUUGAUUUUGAUUGUUUUUUUGUAUUAUUUCUUGUCCUCUGAACUAAUGUGAGACUACCAGGCCAGCUGUCAGGCAUAAGCACGUGCAUCAAAUGAAAGCUAUAAACAUAGAGGCCGUGGCUGAAGGUGUUGGAAAGAGGGAGGUGCCAUGUUAGCGGACAACAGUAGUGUGAUCUUUGACUUUUGUCCUAACAGCACCAUAACAAAUCAGGCGGGUCAGCUCCUCUGGCAGCAAAGGUCGACUACCGUUGCCACAUUCCUCAGCGAGCAUGUUUCUGUGGGCAGGAGGUAAAGCAACCGAUGGAAGAAGUGACCACAGAUCCAUCUACCUGAAGAUUCGUGAAUAUGACGUCCUGGACAGGAAGAAGACGGAGACGGCUCAUAGGGCGGGGGAGGACCGAGCCAUACUGUUGGGCCUCAGCAUGGUCGUCUUGUCUGUCAUGAUGUACUUCGUCCUGGGAAUCACCAUACUGCGCUCUUACUCAGACCGCGUGUGGACGGACGAAGCUAGCUGCACCGUCGUGAACUCCAGCAUCGUGUGCGAUGUAAACUGUUCAUACAGCUGUGGAGCAGAGUGCCGGAGGAGUUCCCGUUACCCCUGUCUCCAGGUCUUUGUGAGCCUCAACUCCUCAGGAAAGGUGGUGCGACUGUUGCACAACGAGGAGACGCAGGACGGCGACCCAGAGUGCUUUUUCGUCCCAAAGUGCCGUAAGGACUAUGCGGCAACGCACGCUGUCGUUCAGAACAUUUCUGAGCGUCUCAGGUCUCAGCACGCGGUCCCGUGUUUUGUGGACCCCACGGACAGAGCGGACAGCGCCAUACUGACACAGAUCUACGGCCGGGUUGCAGUCUUCCACUCCCUGUUCUGGCCAACCUGCACCUUGAUUGGAGGAACCAUCAUCAUUGCCAUGGUGAAGCUGACCCAGUACCUGUCAAUCAUGUGCGAGCGUGUAAGCCGCAUUAAGAGAUGAAGUAUAGGAGUCCAAAAGGAAACUCCUGACAUGUGGACAUGGGGACAACUGAAGCAGCUUCAGGGGACCAAGACUGAACGACACAGAGGGAAAGUCCUGCGGAGAGAAGUGUUCGCUCUGGCAGCUGGAAAGUGGGAUUCAAACACAUUUAAUCAGUGUUCACACGAGACAUAAUGUUUGCAACAAUUCUGCCUUAUGUUUUUUAAAUGAAUAAUUUGACACAGAAUACACUUCUGUCUUUACUUGCCGAGAUAAGAUCAUCAACAUCAAAUAUGAAGCUGCAGCUGAUUAGCUUAGCACAAAAAGGCUAGAGAUCAAACAACUAGCGAUUUGCUGAGGCAACAAACUAACCAGUACUUAGUGUACCCCUGUUACCUAUUCGCUAGCCUGGGCUAACCACCCGCUAGCUGCAGCUUCACAUUUAGCAUCGUCUCACGUAACUCUCGGCAAGGCAAUGAGCUAUUUCCCAAAAUAUUGAAGUCUUUCUUUAAAGUCAGAUCUUAAAUCUGCAGUCUUUGGGCUGCCUUGGUCCGCAUUAGGCCUACUUGUGUUUUAGGAAGAGAGAAUGGGAUGUUCAGGUCCUACGUGGAAGAGAUUUACCAACUACUGCUGUGGUGUUCAAAGUGCCUGUACUGUUUGCUCACUUACCACAUUGGGUAACGUCCCACUAUUGUGCGUAUAGUGCAUCAUCCAGUGCGAUUAAGGAAAUGGCCUAUGAAAAAGUAAAAUGAAGUACGCUUAAUAUGGUUUACUCAUAGAUUCACUUCUUAUACCAGUACUGCCUUUGACUGAUUUCAAAUGUUCUAUCCAACCAUGUUUUGUUACAUAUGUAAUUGCAAUCAAUAAAAACCAUG